AAGGGGGAUCAUGGUCCCAGGCGUUCCUCGCGUAAACCGCGGAAACUGGGGAUGAGAGUCCAACAACUUGUGUUAUCAUGUGCUCGCUCUUCGUAAACAUAAUUAAUAGAAUGCCGUUGUUUGUGUGGACCGCCUAGCAAAGAUUCCUGUCUUGUACGCUCAUCUCACGUACAAAAUGACGUCGAGCAUUUCGGAAUGUGCCAGUCUACGAAGCCUAUAGCUUGAAAGCUAGCCAAAUGUGCAAAGUUCAUACUAGUUCUCACGAGAUAACAAAUGAGCCAUAUGUGGUUCAAACUACGAAAUUACAAGCAAAACCGUGACAGCCGAUUUAACAACAAAUUAUGAUGCUGAGACGAACACCUUACUUGCUGAAAAAAUCAAGAAUGCUCGUGAACACAACUUCGAAGGUGGCACUAACAACAGCGAAUUUGAUAAGGAUACUGACAGAAGCAAGUAG